AUGGGACGUUUUAUUUUAAACAAAAAUGGAUCAGCUGUUGAUUCAGCAAUAACGACAAUGAUUUGUAAUGGUAUAAUGAAGCCAUCAGCAAUGGGUAUUGGUGGUGGUUUUUUGAUGACAAUUUACGAUCGUAAAAAUAAACAGGCACAUUUUUUGAAUGCCAAAGAUAAAGCACCACUUGCUGCUCACAGAAAUAUGUUCAACGGUACUAAUGAGAAAUCAUCUAAAAUUGGAUCACUUGCUAUUGGAGUACCAGGUGAGGUUGCUGGCUAUUGGGAGGCUCAUCAAAAAUUUGGUAAACUUGCUUGGUUUGAUUUGUUUGAGCCCAAUAUUCAAUUGUGUAAAAUAAAAUUAAAGAGUGAGGAAAACGAAUACCCCAGUUAUGACAAAACACGUCCUCAAUUUUGUAAAACAAUAAGAAUUAUUGCUGAACAAGGUGCUAAUGAAUUUUACAAUGGUACACUUGGUGAAAUGUUGAUUGACGAUUUAACAGAUCAGGGAAGUAUAAUGACUAUUGACGAUUUAAAAAAUUAUCGUGUUAAAUGGACAGAUCCAAUUGUUUCUGAUUUUUUAAAUGGAACAAAAUUAUUUACAUCAAAUUUACCUGGUAGUGGUGGACUAUUAGUUUUAAUGUUAAAUAUUUUUGAUGAAUUUAAAUUCACUCGUAAAAAUUUAAUAGGACUGCCAAAUAAAAUUGAAACAUAUCACAGAAUAAUUGAGACAUGGAAAUAUGCUUAUGCAAUUAGAAGUCAAAUGGGAGAUCCAGACUUUAUUAAUAUGACUGAUUUAAUAAAAAAUAUAACAUCAAAAGAUUUUGCAAGAAAUAUCAAAAAUAAAAUAGAUGAUAAAAGAACUUUCAAUGAACCAAGUCAUUAUGGAGGUGCUGAGAAUCUUCUAGAGGAUCAUGGAACAUCACAUAUGUCAGUAAUAGCACCAAAUGGUGAUGCUGUUGCUGUAACUAGUAGUCUCAAUGGACUGUAUGGAAGUCAAGUAGUAAGCUCUCAAACAGGAAUUCUUUUAAACAGUGCAAUGGAUGAUUUUUCAAUUCCUUCAAUAACAAAUACAUAUUCAUUACCAGGAGUUAAUAAAAAUAAUGAAGUUGAAGGUGGAAAACGACCCCUUUCAUCAAUGGUACCAUCAAUUAUUACAACACCAAAUGGUGAUGUUAGAAUGGUUAUUGGAGCUGCUGGUGGUACACAAAUAACAACAUCAACUUCAUACGUCAUAGCUAGACACUUGUUCAUGGGUGAUUCAAUACAAAGAGCUAUAUCUGCACCAAGAAUUCAUCAUCAACUUUAUCCAAUGGCGGUGUCUUGUGGUAUGCUGUUUCCCAAAACAAUAUCCCUUGGUUUACAAAAAUUGGGUCAUGCUAUAAAAACUGGUCUCUUUAGUACUACUGCUUCUACUGUUAUUGGUCUUGUGCAAAUUAAUGGAACAGUUAUUGGUCAUCUUGAUUCAUCGGGAUAA